AUGGCGUAUGUCGCGCCAGUCCACAAGCCUACCAGCAUCAGGCAUGCCCUGCGCAUCCGGUUCCUGUCUCCAGAUAUCGAGGAUUUGGUCGUUGCAAAAGCAAAUCGACUGGAGAUAUGGCGAGUCACCGAGGAGGGCAUGACGUGCCUCCACACAAAAGUUAUCCAUGGUACCAUAGACAUGCUCGAGCGGCUGCAGCCCAAGGAUUCCGCUACAGACCUUCUGUUCAUUGGCACAGAUAGGCUGCAGUACUUCAAUAUAGCUUGGAACUCUGAAACAAACCAGCUAGAUGCUGUCGAGCAGACAAUACACGAUUCAGCAGAACCCUAUAUGCGGCAAUCGCAAAGCCAAAAUAGAUGCCUUGUGGACCCCACUGGCAAGUUUAUGGCCAUGCACCUUUGGGAGGGGGUGCUGAACGUCUUUCGCCUGCGGAUACGCAAGGGGUCGACCACGAAGCUUGAAGUGCUGGACCAGGUCCGGUUGACUGAGUUAUGGAUGAAGUCGAGCGUAUUCCUACACAGUCGCACCGGCCAUCCGAGAAUCGCGUUUCUCUACAAGAACCAGCUCGACCGCGAAGAAGCUCGGGUUGCUAUUUAUCGACUGACGGAUGACGAUAAGGGCGCCGCUUCGUCCAAGUUCGACCCAAAAGACAGAGAACUGGACGAGGUCAUUCGUGAUCCUUAUGCGUCCAUGCUCAUACCCGUUCCAGUUGUUGAGGAGAAGCGAUACCAUGUGCGCAAUAACGAGGGAGCCAGGGCACAUCUAGGCGGCCUUCUUGUGGUUGGAGAGACGCUUCUCACAUAUUUCGACAGCCUCACAUAUUCGAGCGUGAGCUCCACCAUUGAGGACCCUAAGAUAUAUGUUGCUUGGGCUGAGUAUGACGGGACGCAUUACUUCUUGGCCGACGACUACGGCCGUCUUGAUCUACUUGAAAUUAAGACUACUAAUGAAUCAACUGGUGUGGUGGUCACUGGCAUGGAAGUCCAUCCGAUAUCUUUUCCAGAUUCGAGCCGAUAUACAUCAAGAGCAUCUAGCUUGGUUUACAUGGGAAAUAAUCUCUUGUUUAUUGGUUCACAUCAUGGCGACUCUCAGCUAUUACACAUCGAUAUUGAAACCCAGCAAAUGACUCUUGUCAAAGUUUUAUCCAACAACGCGCCCAUCAUGGACUUUACCAUCAUGGAUCUGGGAAACAGAGAGGGAGACGCACAGUCUGGCAACACGUUUUCAUCAGGGCAGGCGAGGAUUGUGGCCGGCUGUGGUGCUUACCAGGAUGGAAGCCUACGGAGCAUUCGCAGCGGUGUUGGCCUUGAAGACCGUGGUCUCUUGGAUGAAAUCCAGGGCACUAGGGGGCUAUUCACCUUGCGAUCAGUGGACUCGGAAAAGGCCGAUACCGUUGUCAUAUCCACGCUAACUGGAACUCGAGUUCUCCGAUUUGAGCCCGAUAACAUUGAGGAGCUCUUUUCCUUUCAGGGAAUGGAUCUCGAAUCGGAAACGCUCUUGGCUGCAAACCUGCCAAACGGCCAGCUGCUGCAAAUAACACCUCGAGUUGUCAAUCUCUUGGACCCUGACAGCGGGGCUUCUUUGGGCUCAUGGCAGUCACCCGAAGGCAAAGUGAUCACGGCGGCGUCUGCCAAUACCAAGUGGGCUUUGCUGUCCAUAGAUGGAUCAAUAUUGGUAUCCUUAAACCUUCUUGACGGCUUAAAGGCGGUUAUCCAAAACGCUACACAAGAUUCGGUAUCCGGACAACCCGAUCAAAUAUCCUGCUUACAUGCGGCGCGCGAACCUCAAGACUUUGGUGUGGUAGGUUGGUGGACUUCGGGAACGAUUUCAGUUGUAGAUCUGGCGACUUUAACACCACUCCACGGUGAGCCACUGAGGCAGACAGACGACAGUUCUUCAGUUCCACGGGAUGUGGCGCUCGUCCAGCUACAUCCGCCUGACAUCUCGGGCCCAACCAUGUUGGUGGCAUUGGAAGACGGAAAUCUCAUCAGCUUCAAUGUCUCGGUUAAAGGCUUCUCAGUAUCUGGUAGGAAGACAGUCACACUGGGAAGCGGUCCGGCACGGCUACACGUUCUACCCCGAGCGGACGGGAUCUGCAACGUGUUUGCGACUACAGAGCAUGCUAGCUUAAUCUACAGUUCAGAAGGGCGUGUUGUCUACUCAGCGACUACGGCUGAUGACGCGACAUUCGUGGCCCCGUUCGACUCGGAAGCCUUCCCAGACUCUAUCGUGUUAUCAACAGAAGAUCAUAUCAGGAUCUGUCAGGUUGAUAACGAAAGGCUUACCCACGUCAAAGCACUCCCUAUGAGCGAGACCGUCCGUCGUGUAGCUUAUUCACCGGGCUUGAAGGCUUUUGGACUGGGUUGUAUUAGAAAGGAGCUGGCUGACAACGAGGAGGUCAUUACGAGCACCAUCAAACUAGUCGAUGAGAUCAUCUUCCAGGAGCUAGGGAAGCCAUUUGAGCUCAAUGCCUCCUCGUCAUUGGAGCUGGUCGAGUGCAUAAUUCGGGCCGAAUUACCUGACAACCCUGGCACAGAGGAAGCAGGAGAGACGAGAGGCAGAAUACUGGUCCUUGGUGUCGACGAGUCGCGGCAGUUGUACCAAAUCGCCUCCCAUAACUUGAAAGGAGUGUGCCGUUGCCUAGCCAUCAUGGAUGACUACAUUGUCGCUGGACUGACUAAAACGGUGGUUGUUUAUUCUUUCACCCAAGAGACGUCGACGGCCGCCAGUUUAAAGAAGCUCGCAUCGUUCCGCCCCGCAUCAUUCCCAGUCGAUCUGGACAUCUCUGGGAACAUCAUCGGUAUUGGUGAUCUUAUGCAAUCCCUUACUCUUGUUGAAUUUACACCGGGUCAAGAUGGUAAGAAGGCAACGUUGGAAGAGAAGGCUAGACACUAUCAACAAGCUUGGACUACAUCGAUCAGCGCACUGGACGAUUCUAGGUGGCUGGAAGCGGAUGCUCAGGGCAAUAUCAUUGUGCUCAGGCAAAAUCUAGAAGCGCCUACAGAGCAAGACCGUAGCCAGCUGGAGAUUAUAAGCGAACUCAACAUUGGGGAACAGAUCAACCGAAUUCGGAAGAUCCAGGUUGCGCCUGCUGAAAAUGCCAUUGUGGUACCAAAAGCAUUUUUGGGCUCGAUUGAGGGAACUCUUUACCUCUACGGCGAUAUUGCCCCCAAGUACCAGGAUUUGCUGAUGACGUUCCAAUCAAGGCUACAAGAGUAUAUCCAGACACCUGGAAACCUGUCGUUUGACACUUGGCGGGCGUUUAGAAACCAGGCUAGAGAUGGUACAGCCCCUUUCCGAUUCGUGGACGGUGAGAUGAUAGAGAGGUUCUUGGACUUGGACGAGAACCAGCAAGGGCUGGUGUGCGAAGGCCUGGGACCAAGCGUGGAAGACAUGCGGAACAUGAUAGAAGAGCUCAGAAGGAUGCACUAA